UUAUUGCUGCCAUAUUUUUUAUCAUUAUUUACAAUUGUUUAUAAUUGUUUAUAAUUAAUAAUUUAAUAUUUAUCUUGUGGUUAAAACAAGAAGAACACUGUUAUCAAAAACCAAGUAAAAUUAAUUUUAAAAAAUACUUGAAAUGAAUUUUUAUGAUGAUAAAUAUUCAAUGGAACAUCCACGUAAUUUAAUUCCCGAGCUUUGUCGUCAAUUUUAUCAUCUUGGAUGGGUGACUGGUACUGGUGGUGGAAUAUCAAUAAAACAUGGUGAUGAAAUUUAUAUAGCACCAUCAGGUGUACAAAAAGAAAGAAUUAAACCAGAAGAUAUGUUUGUACAAGAUAUUGAUGGCAAUGAUAUAUCAUCACCACCACCAGAUAAAAAAUUUAAAAAAUCACAAUGUACACCAUUAUUUAUGUGUGCAUAUAAUGCUAGAAAUGCUGGUGCUGUUAUACAUACUCAUUCGAAAUUUGCUGUUAUGGUUACAUUACUAUGGCCAGGUAAUGAAUUUAAAGUAACACAUUUAGAAAUGAUAAAAGGAAUAAGAAAUCAGCAGUUAAAUAGAUCAUACAGAUUUGAUGAAGAAUUAAUUGUUCCAAUUAUUGAAAAUACACCAUUUGAAGAAGAUUUAAAAGAUAGAAUGGCUGAUGUUAUUAAAAAAUAUCCACAAACUUGUGCAAUUUUAGUAAGAAGACAUGGUGUUUAUGUCUGGGGUGAUAAUUGGCAACAGGCUAAAACAAUGACCGAGUGUUAUGAUUAUCUUUUUGAUAUUGCUGUACAGAUGAAAAAAUGUGGUAUUGAACCAAAUUUAAAACCUGAAGAAUAUGAGUUGAAGCAUCAAAAAGAAAAUUUACAAUGA